UCCGAGCAACUUGAUGACAGAGUUUCUGGUGGGCGACCGCUGAUGAGGUCCGCCAGUAUGGGCACCGGGGAUUACCUCUGCGUUACUGUGCGUGGAGGAGCGCCCUGGGGUUUCACUUUGCGACAGGGCAAUGAGUUACACCAACCUCUGCUGGUCUCUCAGGUGGACAGUGGCGGGCGUGCGGCCCUGGCGGGGCUGUGCGAGGGAGACGAGGUGGUGUCACUGAACGGGGAGCCCUGCGCUGACCUCACCCUCAGGGACAGCAUGGACAUCAUGGAUGCCUCCGGGGAAAACCUGCAGCUGCUCGUCAAACGGUGUGUUGUUCGUGACUCUCCGGACCUGGACUCGGAGCAGGCCUAUUUUGAGGAGACAGAGGCUGUUAAGGAAGGCCUGGAGAGUACUACCCUGGAAAUCUACCCUGGAGGAUCACAUUCUCCGAGGGAGCUAUACAUCUCUGAGUCCCAGGACGAGGCCUACUAUGGGGAGACAGAGAGCGAUACAGACCAGCCAAGGGGCAGGUCCCGGGCCCAGGAGGGCGUGGAACCUGUGGAGCGCAGCAGUUUGGAAGCCCCCUGCCGAGGUCGCACCUUUCGGGGGGUUGCACCUGGAGCCGUGGUGGAACUCCAGCUCUCCUUUUCUGACCACAGCCUGGACGAGCCCAGAGCUUCGCUGAGACCGGACGCAGUCGCCCCUCACAGGGAGAGCAGCUGUGACUUGGACUCCGGGGGCUCCAAAACCGAGCUCCUGUACAGCCUCCGCUCAUCCAGGGAGCCCCUGGGUCAGCGAGGUGAGCUGCUCAGCUCGUCCUCCUCCCUGGGCCAGGUGGAGGUGACCCUGCAGCACCCUGGGAAGGGCCGGCAGAGGGAGGAGGACGAGGAGGAGGAGGAGGAGGGGGCAAGUGGGCGUGUCCUUCCCCGGGAAGAAGGAGGGCUCGUGGAGGCACCUCCCGCCUGUGUCUCCUUUGGAAUUUCAGCAGAGGGGCCCGAGCCGGCAGAGGAGUGGGACUCGGAGACCGAGAGGGACCUCGGCAGACCCAACAAGCACAGGGCGAGGCACGCGAGGCUCAGGCGCAGUGAGAGCCAAUCGGAGAAGCAAGUGAAGGAGGCAAAGUCUAAAUGUAAGCGUAUCGCCUUGCUCCUGACCGCCGCGCCCAACCCCAACAACAAGGGGGUGCUUAUGUUCAAGAAGCACCGGCAGAGGGCCAAGAAGUACACCCUUGUGAGCUACGGAACGGGCGAGAACGACCCCGAGGACGAGUACGAGGACGAAGACCAGGACGAGCAGGACGAGGCGCUUGAGAUCACCCUACUGGCCACCAGCGAGUCGGAGCUCGACGAGGACUUCUUCGCGAAUGCCCAGGGCCGCGGCGGCGUAGUGACGUACGACUGGGACACCGGACUGCUCGAGGUAGAGAAGAAGCUUGACGCCCAGGGAGGGAUGGAACGCCUGCCCGAGACAAAGGGCAAAGGGGCCCUGAUGUUUGCCAAGCGCCGGCAGAGGAUCGACGAGAUCACGGCCGAGCACGAGGAGAUGAGGCGGAAGGGGAUACCGGUCGAGGGGCUGCAGGAGGCUGAGAACGCCAUGGUUGCAAAGUCCCAGCAGAUCGAGGGGGGCUCCUCCAUGCAGCCCGCUGUGAGCCCCACCACCCAGGCCUACAUGGACGUGAACAUGCAGCAGCUCCAGCAACAACAGCAGCAAGAACAGCAGCAGCUGCAGCAGCAGCAUUAUCUCCAGCAGCAACAGAUGCAACAAUACCCACACAGUGUGAAUGGUAUGGUCCUCCAGCAAGCCAAUGAAACGCCGAGGUCCCUUGUCCCCAACAGGACGGCUAAGCCCUUCUCGGGAGUCCAAAACAGAGUGCCUGCACCCUUUUCGCCCACGAGAAGUGUCACCAGCCCAGUGUCACCGGGAUACCCAGAAAACAAGUACCGUGUGGUCCAGCCACCCGCUCCCGUGAACGCACGGCCCCAGGUCUGGUCACCAACCGGGGAGCUGAUUGCCUCCCGAGAUGAGCGCAUCUCUGUGCCAGCAAUCAAGACCGGGAUACUACAUGACACGAGAAAGAGGGGCACAGCCAAAGCGCCUUCCAGCAUGUUGCCAAAUCCACAGCUUCCUCAAAAGGGAGAGUUAGCCUCAGAGGAGGACUACCUUAGCCUUGGGGCUGAGGCCUGCAAUUUCUUGCAGACCCCGACUGUCAAGUACAAGACCCCUCCACCUGUUGCGCCAAAGCCCACCAUCAACCCGGCUGCGCCACCGUGGGCCACCGAGAACACUGCCCAAGUGCCCCUGCUUCUUGCGCAGAACGAAGUCCCUGCAGCUGCCCUUGGUCCCGCUGUGGUCACCGCUCAGACUCGCUCCCCACAGCCACGUGUGGCGAUGGGCUCCUGGACUCCGCCCGAGCCUCAGAUUCAACCUCGGUCUCCGGCGCCAGGCUGGGCCCCCGCUCAGCUGCAGGCCCAGCCGCAGCCCGCUGUGAACGCCUGGACCCCGCAGCCCCAGCUGGCUCCCGUGAGUACCACAGCUCCGACCCAGCCCCACGCAGCACCUCGCCAGCCCGCGAAGCCAUGGAAUAAGCCGCGAGGCGCCACUCAUUCCAUGGUCUCCCGGCCAGCGAACUCCUACCCGCACGCAGCGAGGGCCCAGUCCGCCUACACCGCGGAUGAGAUCUCCUCCGAGAAGCCGGCCAUGAAAGGGAGAGGCGCAGAGCUGUUCGCCAGGAGGCAGGCCCGCAUGGAGAAGUUUGUGGUGGAUGCCGAGACGGUGCAGGCUAACAAGGUCAAACCCUCGUCACCUACCCCUUCUUUGCCGAGCUCAUGGAAAUAUUCACCCAAUGUCCGAGCUCCCCCUCCUCUGUCAUACAACCCCAUCCUGUCCCCCUUCUACCCCCCUGCCGCAGCUAAGCAGCCCCCUCCAUCUGCCCCCUCAGAAAAGGCUAAGAGCAAGGCUAAAUCAGCACCACCCCCCAGACAUCUUAAUGUCUUGGAUGUCAUGAAACAUCAGCCCUACCAGCUGAAUUCCUCCUUAUUUACAUAUGAGCCAAAUGUCGAAGCAAAGAGCCCUUCACCUAAACCUGCCUCUACCCCUGAUCUUGCCCCUGCCCACAUCCCUACCCUCACCCCUUCCCCUACCCCGGCCCAAGCCCCUGGUCCACCCUCUGUCAAGUCCACUGGACCGGUAAGUGUUCCAUACCCUUUUGCCAAAGAGCAGUCUCCACCACCCGCUGUGCAUGAUGGUCCCAUCUGCCAAGCUCCUGCCAACCCUCAACACCCACCCCCAAGCACCUACGCUGUUCCUAGCUUCCCGCCGCCCUCGAAGGCUGAAUCCUUCACUGGAGCUGGAGUGCUAUCGGCCCCACGUCCUAAGUUCUCUGCGAAAAAGUCGGCGCUAACAACCAAGGCCUGGAAGCCGGUUGUCAUGGGGCAGUAAAGACAUCACUGGAGGGGCUCUGCACGCUUUGCUUGAUGUAGCAGGCACUGAAGUGAAGCGUAUAAAUGUAGCCUCUUUCCUACAUUCUCCAGGAAGUGGCAUGCAGGCUUUGCUUCCUUAGCCGCAGCCCUGAUUCAGAUUAUUAUUAAAUGAAAAGUAGGGCACAUUCUUCAAUCUCAACAGCUGAGAAUCUUUGUAAAUGCUGAGCUAUAAGCUUCUUGUCAUUCUUGUCACUUGUUGAUUAGCGAAAUGCAAAUAACUGAAAAAUUUAGAUCAGACCUAAUUUGAGGUUAGUCACCCAUGAACACCUUAAAUAGCCUCUAGUUUCAGAAAAUAGCUUUCUGCAUCUUUCUUCAGUUCACACUGAAACAAAUUGUAGCAUUAGAAUUGUUUUUUGUGUACCAUUGUAGCUUUUAAACUUUAAAGGAUUUGUUCUUUCUCUGGAAUACUGUUGCCUAACAGCUGAGAUACUUUUUGUCUUAAUUUUGUAUAUUGAAUACAAAAGCUAAUACUGCAGCAGCUUAACUAUUUACAGAGGCCUGAAGCAUUGAACACUUUACUGCAAGCACGAAAGAGCAAACUUUCCUGCACUUAAAUGCAGCUCAACAGAAGCAUAAAUGACACGUGUUUACUUCGUGAAUCAUUGUUGAUUCAUAAGAAUGAUUUUGAGAUAUGACUGUCAUAUUAGUGAAUCUUCUCUGUGACUUUGCCAAAAGAUUGUGCCAAGAAAGUUUGAGAAAUGUGAGGACGCUAAUACUGGUAAAGGGAAAAGUCAGCUUUUGCUAAUGAACAGGUAAGAGGGAGAGUUACUAAAAAUUGCUUGAUUUAACCCCAAAAUAUGCAGAAAGCGAACGUAAGCACUACGAAAUAUUGAAUUCAUAGUAAGUGCACAAUACGUGACAUAAUUCAGGACCUGAAAUGUUUGGCACCUCGACAUAAAUCAAAAACAUAACAGAUUGGAAAUUGCUAGUAAAAGAAAUGUCAUACUCUUUAAUGAAUCAGUCUAAACUGGAGAAUGUGCAUGGCUAGUUUUUUCUGUCCUCAUCACGUCAGCAUUGACAGGAUUAUUGCAAUGACAUAAACUGGAGGGGAAGAAGCAAAUGUUACUACAGUAUGUGGGUUAUAUUUAAAGCUGACUUCCAGGACAAGAUAAAACAAAUUGCACAGUAGACUAGUAGAACAGUACUCUGGAAACAGAGAAUGUAUAGUAAUAUUGAUUAACCAUUUACUGGCUAUGUGAAGGGACAAAAAAAUGUUCUGCUUAGUUUAAGUAUCAAAAUACGUUACAUUACAACGGAAAGCAUAUGUUCACUGUACUUGGCUUCAGACAGCAGAGAGAAUGUUACUGUAGAAUGUUAUGAUAGAUAAAGCUUUAGCAAUUUUACAUUGCUAAAGGGUGGAUUACUGCAUAUUGACUGCAAAGCCACAAAAAAGAAUGAGCAACUGACGUUAGGCCAAGGAGAUGGAAAACAUUUGAAGGAAUACGCUCCCUCUUUGUGUGUAGAUCUGAGAGAGGUUUUUCGGUCUGUUUCUACUUGUUUACUGUCUUGAACCUUUUGUGGGCUGUGCCAUUUUGUUUUCGCUACCUUUAACGCAAUACUCCACAAUUACACUGACAGCAAUGAGGAUUGUGAUCUCUUGUUGCUGUUGUGGCCUGCAGCCAAUCACACUUUCAUGUCAGCCCACCAGGAGAGGCUUCACUGUGAUCUUUGUGUUCAAACCCGACUGGCACCUUCCCGUCUGUCCUCUUUUCACACCUUCUGUUAUUUUCAUAGUGUUUUACUAACCACGAUGGAAGGCACAAUUCGCUGAAGUGAAAGGUCAAUUCUGCAGAGACACAAUAUCUUCUAACGGAAUCGGUGUUGAGUAGGAGUUUGAAUUAAACAGAGUUAAAGGAGUUAAACAGGAACCAGCAUCCAGGGUGAGCUGCACAGCUUUCAUUUGACACAACAUUUAUGUAUGCAGUUGGAUUUGAACUGCAUAAAACCUGACGAAACACAAAUACCUUACUCAAAUGGCCUGCUAACCUUGAUCCAAACCUGAUCGGAAGUCCAGUUCCCAAAGCACUACUCAGCACUGCCACUAUGAAUAGCCCGGUCAUAGAAAGGCUAGAAGAAGCACAGUGAGUUUGGCCCUAGCCAUCGUGGUUUCUAAUUCUUCUUUCUUUCAUGUUUUUCUUUCCAUGAUGCACUCUGUACUCUUCAUCACUGUACUAUUAAAGAUCUCCUUUAUCUGUU